AAAUAAUUCACAAGUCUCGUCGAUUCUCGUUCAACGUUCUUUCAAUAGUCGGCCAUUCUCAAGACCGUAAAAGAUGGGUAUCCGAGCAGGCACAAGACGGCUUCUUUCCUGCCCCUUCAGGAAACGGGGUGUGGUUUCCACCUCGAAAUAUAUGCACGUAUACAAACGUGGUGAUUAUGUUGAUAUCAAAGCUGAUCCAAGAAUCCAGAAGGGUAUGCCACAUAAGUUUUAUCAUGGUAAAACUGGUAAAGUUUUUAAUGUAGCAAGACGAGCUCUUGGUGUUAUUGUUAACAAGAGAGUACGUCAACGAAUCAUUGCCAAGAAAAUCUCAGUAAGAAUUGAGCAUGUGAAACCCUCAAAAUGCCGAGAAGACUUUAUUGCUAGAGUUAAAUUAAAUCAGAAAUUGAUUGAAGAAGCAAAGAAAAACAAACUCCCCAAGCCACAACUUAAAAGACAGGCUGUCCAACCUAAAGAAGGUUUCUUUGUGAGAACAGAUGCAAACAAACCUCAACAGAUCGAGGCCAUCCCAUACGAGUUCAUUAUCUAAGAACUUUACAAAAAUAAAAAAAAAUACAAAAUA